AUGGCCGCGGGCGUCCGGGCGUCCCAGCCGCAGGUCCUUGUCUGCCUCGGGGUGCUGCUGGCCCGCUGGGUCGCCGCAGGAUUGGAGGCUCUGGUCAUUGGAGAGGUUCACGAGAACAUUACUCUGCACUGUGGCAACGUCUCAGGACCAAGGGGCCCGGUAACCUGGUACCGGAAUGACUCGGAGCCUGUCUUCCUCCUGUCCUCCAAUUCCAGCUUCCCGCCGGCUGAGCCGCGCUUCUCUCUGGCAGAUGCCAGCUCGCUGCACAUCACCGCGCUGAGGCCGCGGGAUGAGGGCAACUACACCUGCCGGGAGGUCCUGAACGAGACCCGGUGGUUCCGAGUGUGGCUGCAGGUGGCCGGCGGCCCUUAUGAGGUUGAGGUCAAUAUCUCCAGCACUGGCAAGCUCCCCAACGGCACCAUCUAUGCAGCCAAGGGCUCCCAGGUGGACUUCAGCUGCAGCAGUAGCUCCUGGCCUCCACCAAUGGUUGAAUGGCAGUUUCGGGCCCCAGAUUCCAGCACCGAGCCCUUUGGAAACAACCUGACAGUCAGCUGCUUCACUCUGCUGCUGAUGUCACAAAACCUCCAAGGAAACUACACCUGUUUGGCCACGAACAUGCGCACUGGGAGACAGCGAAAGGUGACCACCGAGCUCCUGGUCUACUUCCCCCCUCCAUCAGCCCCUCAGUGCCGGGCAGAGAUGUCACAAGGAUCACUCAUGCUGCAGCUCACCUGUCGCUGGGACGGGGGAUACCCAGACCCGGACUUCCUGUGGAGAGAAGAGCCAGGAGGUGUGGUCGUGGGGACGUCAAAGCUGGGGGUGGAGAUGCUGAACCAGUCCCAGCUGUCAGAUGGCAAGAAGUUCAAGUGUGUUGGGAGCCACAUAGUGGGGCCGGAGUUGGGAGCCAGCUGUGCGAUACAGAUCAGGAGCCCCUCCCUUCUCUCUGAGCCCAUGAGGACUUGCUUCGUGGGGGGCAAUGUGACGCUCACCUGCCAAGUGACUGGAGCCUACCCCCCUGCCAAGAUCCUGUGGCUGAGGAACCUCACCCAGCCUGAGGUGGUCCUCCAGCCCAAUGGCCACUAUCUCAUCACGCAGAAUGGCCAGAUCUCCAGUCUCACCAUCUGCAACUGCUCCCAGGCCCUGGAUGAGGGCUACUACGUCUGUCAGGCUGAGAACCCUGUGGGGGUGCGGCAGGUGGACAUCUGGCUGACCGUGAAAGAACCUUUAAAUAUCGGGGGACUUGUGGGCACCAUCGUGAGCCUCCUGCUGCUUGGACUGGCUGUCAUCUCAGGGCUUAUGUUAUAUUACAACCCUGUGUUCUGCUGGAAAGUAGGAAACACUUUCAGGGGACAAGACAUGGGGGAUGUCAUGGUUUUGGUGGAUUCAGAAGAAGAAGAGGAGGUAGAGGAGGAAGAUGCUGCUGAAGAGGAGGAAGAAGAGGAAGAAGCAAAUGAGAGAGAGGCGUCGCCAGAAGAAAUCCGUAAGCAUGGCCACGUUCACAGAGUGACUGCCCUGGUGAAUGGGAACGUCGACUGGAUGGGCAAUGGGCUCCAGGCUCUGCAAGACGACAGCAGUGAGGAGCAGAGUGACAUCGUUCAAGAAGAAGACAGGCCAGUUUGAAGAAAGAGAACUAUCCUCUGUUAUCCCGUCUUAAAAGCCUGGAAAGCUACGUUGAAGAUGAGCUUUUCAUCCUGCUUUGACUUGACUUGCACCCAUGCCUGAGGGCUGAAAAUGGUUUGGGACACUCAGCAAAAAAAGAAAAACACGCACACAGAUUCCCUACCCCCCCUUUUUUUUUUCUAAAUUGGUUUGAUUUGCUG